AUGGACUCGCAGAACUCAUUCACGCCUGGGGAAGGGUUUGUUAAUCUCUUAGGUAGUCAGUUAAGCUCUGAUAUUUACUCGCCGUGCAUAGAUUUAGGAUCAUCAGACGUUCCCUUGUUCAGCACACAAGGAUCUGAUGAUCCGUCUGACAUUGCAAUGAAGAGAAAAUUAUGGAGUCCGAAAGAAGACUUGGUCUUGAUUAGUGCGUGGCUCAACACCAGCAAGGAUCCAGUAGUGGGCAAUGAACAAAAGGCUGCUGCACAGAAGGGAAAAACUAGUGGUCAGAAUGAAAACGAUGUGAUGAAGCUUGCGCACGAUAUUUUCUUCAAUGACUACGACAUCAAGUUUGCACUCGAACACGCCUGGAGAGAGCUGCGGUUCGAUCAGAAAUGGUGCACGACCAGCUCAGUAAAAGAUGGUGCAUCAGCAAAAAAAAGAAGAGUGGACGACUUGGACCAGUCCUCCACGUCAAUGGCUGGGAGUGUCAACGAAGACCAGUUUGAGGCUCGUCCACCUGGUGUCAAGGCUUCGAAGGCUAAUGCGAAGAAAGCAGGCGGUGUAAAAGCUGAGACCAAGGAUAUGAAGGAGUUUUCAUCAAUGUGGGACAUGAAACAAAGAAAUCUAGAAAUGAAAGAUAAGAUUAGGGACAAGAGGAUUCUUGAGAGUCUUUUAGCUAAGACUGAAGCUUUAACUGAGAUUGAGAUUGCACUAAAAAACAAGUUAAUUAGUGCUAUGUAUGGUCUUUAG